GCUCCGGCGAGGGGGGCGAGCUCCGAUGCGAUGCGAAGGGACGAGCAAGCAGCGAGCGAGAGAGAUGGCAGCGAGAGAGAGAGACGCGCGAGAAAGACGAUCGAUUCCACCGGCUCACGCGGACCGCUGUUUCGGGCUUCUUUUCUGUCGGGCUGAGCCACGCCCCAGAACCAAACAGCCAACAAAAAAAACGUUUUGGGCCAGAUGAACCCACGCUGGUUGGCCCCGACCCAUGAACCAAACACAGUGUUUCAGUCAGAGGCACACGCCAGGAGUCCUGUCUCUGUUCUUUCUUGAGCGGCGAGUAGAUCAGCAUUUCUGGUUUCUGGCGAGCUAGCUAAUGCCAAAACCGAGCGUGAUAAACGCGUCCCAAACUGUUCACCAGGCGCCAAACAACUCCCUAAUCGGCGGUUCCCCUCCUCGCCGGAAACCAGAAUGCCCCGUCCAACGACGGUCCUGCUGCUUUUACGGCUCCUCCUCGUCUCCCUCCUCUGCUUCUCGUCCGCUGCUCUGCCACUGCCGCCACGCUUCGUCUCUGCAGAGGCUCCUCCGACGGUGCAGCAGGUCGCCGCCCUUCCGGGCUUCGACGGCGCGCUCCCAUUCCGCCUCGAGACCGGGUACUUGGCCGUGGACGAGGACAACGGCGCCGAGCUCUUCUACUACUUCAUCGAGUCGGAGGGCGACCCACGGCGUGACCCGGUGCUCCUAUGGCUCAACGGCGGCGACCACUGCACCGUGCUCAGCGCCAUCUUCUUCGAGAUUGGCCCGUUGAAAUUGGUCGUAGAGCCCUACAACGGGACCGGAGUACCACGGCUGCGCUACCACCCCUACUCCUGGACGAAAGCCGCGAGCGUCCUCUUCGUCGAUUCGCCCGUCGGAUCCGGCUUCUCCUUCUCCAGGAACCCCCAAGGAUAUGACGUCGGAGACGUGUCUUCCUCGCUGCAGCUCAAGGAAUUCCUCACCAAGUGGUUCGCCGAGCAUCCGGAUUACCUCGUAAAUCCUUUCUAUGUUGGGGGAGACUCCUACGCCGGAAAGAUCGUUCCGUUCCUCGUGCAGAAGAUCUCAGAAGGUACUAUUGAUCAAUGGUCUACUACGACUUGGACAUCGUGCUAUUUUUCAGAUAUAGAAGCUGGACUGAAACCGACUGUUAAUCUUAAGGGUUAUCUGGUCGGUAACCCGGUUACAGGUGACCGCGUUGAUCACGGUUCCAGAGUGCCAUUUCUUCAUGGAGCCGGAAUCAUUUCAGACCAACUCUACGAGGCCAUAAUGGACAACUGCCAAGGGGAGGAUUAUACAAAACCCAAGAAUGCGCUCUGCGCUCAAGCUUUGGAAAGAUUCAAAAGGCUGCUUAAUGAAAUUUGGAAGGAACACAUUUUGUAUAAAAAGUGCAUUUCCGUGUCUGCCAGACCAAACGAUGGGAGUACAGGAAGAAAGAUCUUGAAGGAAGAAACUGGAUUACUUAAACAUCCACCACCUCGUCCUCCAAUGGAGUGCCUAAGCUAUGUGAACUACCUGUCAUAUUUUUGGGCUAACAACAACAUCACACGGAAAAUUCUUGGGAUCAAGAAGGGUACUGUGGACGAAUGGGUGAGGUGCCAUGAUGGGGAUCUACCAUUUAAGCAGGAUAUCGAUAACAGCAUAAAGUAUCAUCGUAAUGUUACAUCAAAAGGUUAUCGCGCCUUAAUAUACAGUGGAGACCAUGAUGCUACUAUACCGUUUCUGGGUACGCAGUCCUGGGUGAGAUCACUCAACUUCCCCAUCGUGGAUGAUUGGAGGGUUUGGCACCUCCAUGGCCAGUCUGCAGGAUUCACCAUAACAUAUAGGAACAACAUGACAUUUGCAACCAUAAAGGGUGGUGGGCACACUGCACCGGAGUUCCAACCAGAGAGAUGCUUCGCGAUGUUCAAGCGUUGGAUUUCCAAUGAGCCACUCUGAUUAAUGUAUCAUGCUUGGUCUCGACUAAAAAGAACUGCGUGAAUAUGUGUUUUCUGACUAAUAUGUCUAGUUGUGUCGUGCCUUAUCUUGCAAGAGGAUGUGGGUAUACAGUGUUCAAAUAUUUUCUACUAAAAUGUUCGCCAUAGAACCUACAACGAGACCAGAGGCCCGUUGAAAAAAAAAUGAAUGCAUGUAAGUUUAUUUGUUAUAAUAUUUUCUA